AUGGCGAGAGGGAGGCGCAGUGUCUGGCAGCAGGUCACGGUGGUGCGGGUGAUUCAGGAGCUGUUCCGCGCACUUCUGGAGGAGGUGCUGGACAUGAGGAGAGUUGAAGCCAAGACGGAGGAGCUGCAGAGGUGCCAGGAGGAGAAGCUAGCUCUGAAGGCCCAGCUUGAUGCACUGGGACUCUCUCUGGCCAAGCUGGACAUAGCCAUAAAGGACACUGAGCUCAGGACCAUGGAGGCUGCACUGGGCACUGUCACUGUCAGGCGGCACUUCGGCGACACCGUCACUGUGCUGAGAACACGCCCGGUGGGCGUGUCCGCAGCCAGACUGCGUUGUAAUUUUUCUCCUUACAGGUUCAUCAAGACUGUUGGCUCUUGUUAUUAUGUAUUCCCUGCAGCAGCACAUAAUCGCUUUGAACAUUCUCUCGGGGUAUGUUUCCUGGCUGGUCAGCUGGUGCAUGCACUCCAAUCAAGGCAACCUGAGUUGGACAUCUCUGACAAGGACAUCUUAUGUGUGCAGUUAGCUGGCCUUUGUCAUGAUAUAGGGCAUGGCCCCUUCAGUCAUCUCUGGGAGCUGUUUGUCAAAAAAGCAAGACCUGAGAAGAACUGGAAGCAUGAAGAUGCCUCAACUAAGAUGUUUGACCAUUUGUUGACAACAAACAACCUUACGAGUGAAUUUGAAAAAUAUGGUCUGAAAGAACAAGAUAUAACCUUCAUCAAGGAAUUGAUAGGUGAUGUCGCCAACAAUGGAUCAGAAUGGUGUUACAAGGGCCGUCCUAAAGAAAAGGCAUUUCUGUACCAGGUGGUGGCCAAUAAGCAAAGUGGUAUAGAUGUGGACAAAUGGGACUACAUUUUACGAGACUGCUUAUCCUUAGGCAUCAAGGUGACGUUCGACUACAAUCGCCUCAUUCGAUUCUCUCGGGUCAUACCAGUUGAGAAUGAUGGACCUCAAAUCUGCAUCAGAGAUAAGGAAUGCAACAAUAUAUAUGAUAUGUUCCAUGCCCGUCGGGUUUUACACCGCACUGCCUACAAACAUCGUGUUGUCCAGAUCAUUGACCAUAUGUUAGUUGAUGCAUUUCUUUCUGCUGACAAACAUAUAAGAUAUACAGGAGCACAGGGGGUGAAGUAUGCCUUAGCUGACGUGUGUGAUGAUAUGGUAGCCUACACCAACUUGACUGAUGAGGUUUUCCAUCGAAUUAUAUUAGAUGAGGGGAAUCAUCCGGAAGUACAAUAUGCUAAGAAUAUACUCUCCGACAUCCUAAGGCGCCAGCUGUACCGCUGCGUCGGCCACGCAAAACCCGCGGAUCCUAAUACUACAAGAAAGAAUCUAGAAGAAGCCCUAAGAAAGCAGAUCCCAAGUGACAGUUCACUCAAACUAGAUCAAGAUUUAAUCAUUAUAGAGUUUGAGCUAGAUUAUGGGAAAAAAGAUCAGAACCCUGUUGACUUUGUCUACUUUUACGGCAAAAGCUCUCCGGAUAAGCCAACAAAAAUCAAGAGAGAAGAAAGCUUGAUGCUUCCUAAGAGCUUCCAGGAGCGAAUCUUCAGAGUGUUAUGCAGAAACAGUGAUGAAGAUAAAUUUAAGCAAGCCCAAGAAUUCCUAAGUGCUGCAAUAAAGGAACUCGACAUGAAGCCUUAUGUUGAAUGGCCGUCACUCUUCACCCCUUCAUAGAUGCAUUCAAAUGUUCACCAUACAGUUGACCGAGGAAUUGGCGCACAAAAGUGGUGGAUGCAGAGGACCAUAUGUGUGACCGUAUGAAAUUCGACUCUCCUUUCAUUCUCUGUUCCCCAUUCUUCUUUGUAAUAUAUAUAUAUAUAUAUAUAUAUAUAUAUAUAUAUAUAUAUAUAUAUAUAUAUAUAUAUAUAUAUAUAUAUAUAUAUAUAUAUAUAUAUGUAUAUAUAUUAUGUGUAAAACUUGACUAUUGUUUUCACAUUUGGAAACACAUAGAUGAUUAAGAAGUAGAAUCCGGUCCAAAAGCUCAAGUAAUCUCGUUUCUUGAAAAUCACCCCAGUUUUGUGAAUAACUUGCAUACUUGAGUUAGUAGAUGUCCUAUUUUCAUAUGAUUAUAUACAAGUUUUCUUUUCUUGUCGGGUGGUCGGAUAAUACGAAUGAAUGUGUGUGUAUCUGUGUGUGUGUGUGUGUGUGUGUGUGUGUGUGUGUGUGUGUGUAAUGCACCAUGGCCUGAUCACGAGUUGGACUCGCAAUCGCCAGCAAGUACCCUCCCGACAUGAGCAAGCUCAUGCUUAUUACAGUCGAUCUCUCGGUACUGCCACGACCUCGCACACCACACACUCCUUCCCCCUUGUUUAAGGGGUAAAGUAAGCACUCCUUGUCAUCGGAGAGAUUUCGCCCUGAUCGGGACUCGAACCGCCGCCUGUCAGGCCUUAAACCUGGGGGUACGAGACAUGAUAGCCAGUGCAAUGGUACUGUAUAUUUACCAUGAGAAAGUAAAACAUAUAUUUUCCUAAUUUUUCUCUUACUAUAAUUGUCUCAAUUACUUUUUUGAAGUCAAAUGACAUUAUCAGUUCAAAGAUUAAUGAUAUGAGUCGAGAUAUCUUGCAGCAGGUGAUAACAGACCUGGAAGCUAGUCCUGUCAAAAUGAGUAUUCAGCUUGAUGAGUCAACUUUUUGCAGUCAGUUGAUGGCAUUUGUUUGGUAUGUGAAGGAGAAAGAAGUGAUGGAAGAAUUCUUAUUUUGUAAAUCUCUGAAAACUACUGCAAAAGCAAUCGGUGUGUUCAAUCUUGUGAAAGAGUUCUUCUUGGAACAUGAAAUGACUCAACAUGUGUGGGUCAAUUUGCACUGAUGGAGCCCCUGUCAUGCUUGGAAAUAAAUCAGGCUUUGCUACCCUGGUGAAAGAAGAGGUUUCCAUGUAACUGUCACUCACUGUGUGUUGCAUUGUCAUGCACUUGCUACAAAGACACUGCCAGAAAAAUUGAAGACUGUUUUAUCAGUUGUGCGUGCCGUAAAUUUCAUCAGAGGACGGGCAGUGAAUCGCCGUCCUUUUUCACCUUUUUGUGAAGAAAUUGGAGCUAAGCACAGUGUUCUUCUUUACCACACAGAAGUGAGGUGGCUUUCCCGUGGCAGGGUACUUACACGUGUCUUUGAACUUCAUGAAGAAAUUAUGCAGUUUCUUAGAAAUCAAGGCAGUGAAAUUGCUGACCAUUUUGAAAACAGGGAGUUCAUUUUGUCUCUGGCAUAUCUGGCAGAUGUAUUCACGCACCUCAAUGAACUGAAUGUCUCUAUGCAAAGAACAGGGAUGAAUAUGAUAACUGCCAGAGAAAAGUUAUCUGCCCUCACCAAGAAGCUUCCAAUGUGGAUAAGGCGAAUUGAAAGUGGAAAUUUUGCUAACUUCCCUUCUCUUGAUGAGGCUGCUAGUGCUGAAGAAGAGCUGCCCAUCGUUAAUGAAGUAAAAUACAUUUGCAAGAACUGAUUCCGUCCUUCCAAGGGUAUUUUCACCUUGGAUAAGUUUCUGUGGCACAAAGAUGGAUACGGGAUCCAUUUCUUUUCAACCUUGAUUCCAUGGAUGACAAUGAUAUGAUGAAAGAUGAUCUUGUAGAGUUGCAGACCAAUGACAGAAUCCCAAUGGAGUUUGAAAAAAUGCAACUGGAUAUGUUUUGGUGUGCACAAUUCAAAACAUUCCCACAGUUAGCAGGGAGAGCUUUGGAGGUCCUCGUGCCAUUUUCAACUACAUACUUAUGCGAGGGAGGUUUUUCAACGCUCCUACACAUCAAGACAAAAGCCAGAAACCGUUUGGAUGCAAGUGAUGACAUGCGUCUGGAACUUUCAAAGAAAGAACCUUGUUUGAACAUCAUCAUUAAUGAGAAACAACAACAAAAGAGCCACUAAAAUGUGUUGGUGUGCACUAUGUAGUAUUACUCGUAAUUACUGUUAUAUUGUGCAUUCAUUGUAUCCUACUAAUUGACACUUUUCAUUUGAAAUAAAAAGUACCUUUGUUCAGUAAUUGAAUACAUCUAAUAAUUUCUCAGCAA